AUGGAAGAGUACAUGAAGAACAUGCAACAACAUAGCACAGAUGCACUGAAGGAAAAGCUGUACGAAGCACGACAUCAAAGAGAUAAAGCAUUGGAAGAGCUUUCAGACUUGCAAGUUAAACAUCAAAAGCUUGUUAGCUUCAUUGAAGAAAAAGCCAAGAAAAUUUAUGAAGCUGAUCUGAGGAAUGUGCAAAAUGAUAAGGAUGAGGAGGAGCAAGGUGAGAAAGGUGAGACAAGUGGCAAAGCUGGUGAUGUGGAUGACAGUGAUGAUGAUGAUAGUGAUGAUGAUGAGGAGGAAGGUCAGGAAGGCAAUAGAAGUGGCAAAGCUGAUGAUGUGGAUGAUAGUGAUAAGGAUCAGGAGGAGGAGGGUGAUGAGGAUGAGGAGGAUGGUGGUGGCAAAGGUGGUGAUGAAGAGCAGGAUGAGGAGGGUGAUGAGGAUGAGAAGGAUGGUGGUGCCAAAGGUGGUGAUGAGGAGCAGGAUGAGGAGGAUGGUGGUGCCAAAGGUGGUGAUGAGGAGCAGGAUGAGGAGGACGGUGGUGGCAAAGGUGGUGAUGAUCAGCAGGAUGAGGAGGAGGGUGGUGGCAAAGGUGGUGAUAUUCAUGAUGAUGAUCUGCAAUGUGGCAAAGGUGGUGAUAUGCGCGGUGAUGACAUUGACAAAGAGGGUAGAAAAGGUGGUGAUGACGAGGGUGGAAAAUCUGAAAAGCGAAGAUAG